GUUGUACCAUUUACUUUAUAGAUUUCUCUCCCUGCAUGUUCUGCUCCUAAAAUGAAGCGUCGCGUGUGAAGCUGUCGACCCGGUUCUGCAGCGUUGCAGUUCAGCGGUCAGACCCAGGGGUCAGGGGUCUCAGAUGUCAAGGUCAAAGUUCCCCGCGAAGGCGGAGCCUUGCAUGUCCGUCAGGGUGACGUGGAGCUGCAGAUGUUGAGGCAUUGCUCUCUGUACGGCGGGUCAGGUCCAGGAGGCGGCAUUUCCCUCCCAGUAGCCUCCUGGGUUCUACCAUGGAGGACCACACCCUGACUGGAGAUUACAGCAAGACACUACUGUUACCAGUAGAGAGAGUGGAACACCAGGAUCUUCACUGCAUCUCAGCCCAAACAGUGGCGUCUCUGCUAAGAGGACAGUACAGCGGUACAGUGGGAGACUUCCUCAUCAUAGACUGUCGCUACCCUUAUGAGUACCACGGUGGACACAUCAGGGGGGCAGACACCCUCCACACCGAGGCUCAGAUCCAGGGGCUUUACUCCAGCUCCCUGCCCUCUACCAGCUCUCCUCCUGGGGCAGAGCUCCCACCAGCCACCUGGACAGGCUCCAGAUCCAGGUGUCAGUGGUACUUCCAUGGGUGGAGUGCUAACAGAGGUCCAGCUCACAGUCACAUUCACCAGGAAGUGUACCACUCCACCAGGACAGGGGUCACCAUGGAGGGGUCGUCGCCACGGAAAUGAUUGUGUUCCACUGCGAGUUCUCGUCAGAGAGGGGCCACGGCUGUAAGAGACAACACACACACUCA